AUGUCCUUCAACAACAACAAUUUGUUUGCAAUGCAGCAGCAGCAGCCAUGGCCACAAGCGGUCUUGCAGUCGUUGCCGUCGCAACACAUGGGGGGUGCAGUGGGUAUGGGGCAGGCACCAAACCCUGGGCAUCAGAUGCCCAACACCAUCAUGGCAGGUCUUCAGGGUGUCGCCGGCAUGCAGUCGCCGGCAAUGAGCAACGGGUUGAACGCACCCAACAGUAUGAUGAUGCAGCUGCAGCAAACUCUCCCCCAAAGUUUCCCUCAAGGAAACAUGAACCAGCCCUCCCCCGUGUUUCAACCCCCCCAGCCGAACAUGCUGAACUCCCUCGGGCCCCGAGUCGCGAUCGCAUGCAUGGCUGUCGUACCCGAGAACGACCCCAGGAGGGUAGUCAUGCAGCCAAACGUGCAGCAGAUGGCAGGGGGGCCUCACACCAGCUCGAUGCAGCCUCACAUGCGCAUCAACGCCAACAUGGGCCUGCAGAGUGGAAAUAUGCACCAGCCUGUGGGGCCAGGGAUGCCCGUAGGACAAGCCAGCAUGGCGGCGCAACCCCGAAGCACGUUGACGCUGCAGGAACCGUUGCCGAUGAACCGUCUGAAUAUCGGCCACAAUGGCAACUUCCAAGUGAUGCAUCACCAGGAGAACCGAGACAUGUCGAACGUAAUGGAUCGAGGGGUGGUUCAAACGAUAUUCAGUCAUCGUGACACUGGCGGUUUGCUCCAAGGCGGCGGCCAUGAGCCUGCAAGUCUUCAAGUCCCCGUGAAGAGCGACUACGGUGCACAAGGACGCCCACCCUCUCUCCAACAUCAACUCAACCACAAGAUCCAGCCGAUGCCGACCAUGGACGUACCAGAGGGAAUUAAGCGUCCAAGAACGAUGCAUCUCGACGCCGUACCUGAUCUGCCAGACCUGUACAAUGAGCCCGUGUAUGACGAGGGCCCCGAUCGGACUAGAACAUCCCGCACCGCACAAGCAGCGGCGAGGGGUGGGAACGAUGACAGUCUGCAGUCGUUGGACGGAGGAAAAUCGAAGCCUACACAGGAUCCCAAGAAGAGGGCAACGAGGCAAUGGAAAGCAUUCCAAGAGGAGCGGGAGCGAGUUCAUCAGAUGGAUGAGGCGAAGAAGCAGGCUUCUAAGAAGAAAUAUGACAAUGACGAGGAGGAGGGUCAUAGGAAUCGUCCUAACAGCCAAGGUGCUCGUGGUUCAAAAAGAAGAUUAGGAGAGGACAACAGUCAAGACGGCAAAGGGGACUCGCAGGGGAGGGCGACUACCACUGCAGUCGCCCUCACUGAAGCGCAGAGGAUAGCAAACGAGGAAUAUCAGAAGAAGCUAAGGGAAGAAGCGCUCAAGAGCAUCUCUCUCCGCAGGCAGAAGAAAGCAGCAGAGGUCAGUCAGAAGGCCGACAUGGAGGCAGCGCCAGCGAACCCGCCCCCACACGACGGGGCAGAGAUGUUGUCAGACCUCAAAGUAGUCUCUACUCCGGUCCUGAAGAAAAUUCAAGCGGAUCUUGAGAUGAAGCUGCAGAAGCUGCGACAGCUACAGGACGAAUCGAAAGACAAGGAGGAGCAGAUAAAGGCGACUACGAUUGAUAAGGAAUGCUGUUUCUGA